AUGGCGCCAGUGGGGCGACAAUGGUCACAGUUUUUGGAGCCUCUGAGCGACCAUUGGCAUCUAGGAUGUGUCACCACUCACCAGUCAGGCAGUCACCACACUAGUCCCUCUCUACUUUGGAGGCUCAGUACUUACAAGUUCACCAGGUGGGCAUCCUCUGACAUCUACAUCUACCAGGAUCAAGCUCAGGGAUGGAAAGUUACCUUGUAUACAGAGAAGACAGAAUACAGAAAGACAAGGCCAGGUACAAGAUCCACAGUACAUGCAUUUGAAGGCACCAAGGACUUUACCCUGCCUGUUUCCAAGGAGCUUAUGGAGAAAUUGGGAAUGUACUUAGUUUCUUUUGAUAGAUCUGAGUAUGGAGAAAGUGACCCCAAUCCCAGAAGGGAUGUCAAGAGCAAAGAACUGGAUAUCAAGAAGAUGGCUGACCAGCUGGAUCUUGGGCAGAAGUUAUAUGUCUUGGGGUCUGGAUGGGAGGAUACUCUAUUUGGGGAUGCCUCCAGUAUAUACCUCACAGGCAAACACAUAGAUACAACCAAAUACAUGUUAAUGAAAUAUGCAACUCAGAAUUCAGAUUUCAGAGUAAAGCUGUAUAUGCUGCACUAA